CGCGGCCGGAAGUGCGGGUGGGAGCGGUGCCGCCAUCAUGGCCGACAAGAUGGACAUGUCCCUGGACGACAUCAUUAAGCUCAACCGGAGCCAGCGUGGGGCCAGCCGGGGCGGCCGGGGCGGCCGGGGCCGGGGCGGCACCGCACGCGGGGGCGGGCCCGGCCGGGGCGGCGUUGGCGGCGGGCGCGCGGGCGGCGGCCCCGUGCGGAACCGGCCGGUGAUGGCCCGGGGCGGCGGCAGGAACCGGCCCGCGCCCUACAGCCGGCCGAAGCAACUCCCCGAGAAGUGGCAGCACGACCUGUUCGACAGCGGCUUCGGGGCGGGGGCCGGCGUGGAGACCGGCGGAAAGCUGCUCGUCUCCAACCUGGACUUCGGCGUUUCGGAUGCGGACAUCCAGGAGCUCUUUGCGGAGUUUGGGACCCUGAAGAAGGCAGCUGUGCACUAUGACAGAUCUGGCCGCAGCCUGGGGACGGCAGACGUGCACUUCGAGAGGAAGGCCGACGCGCUGAAGGCCAUGAAGCAGUACAACGGCGUGCCCCUGGACGGGCGCCCCAUGAACAUCCAGCUGGUCACGUCACAGAUCGACACGCAGCGGAGACCAGCACAGAGUGUAAACAGAGGUGGCAUGACCAGAACCCGCGGGGUCUCGGGGGGGUUUGGAGGUGGAGGCAACAGGCGAGGGACUCGUGGCGGGAACAGAGGGAGAGGCAGAGGAGCUGGAAGAACUUCCAAACAGCAGCUCUCUGCAGAAGAACUAGAUGCACAGCUGGAUGCUUACAAUGCCAGGAUGGACACCAGCUAAAGCGGCAGCAGUGGGCACAGGGAAGGACUCCAAUCUUGCUCCACACUCCCGGCAGGGGCUGCGGCUGUGGCUACUACUACCGAGGAUGGGAUUUGUUUUACUUUUACGUUCUGGGAUAGGUUUUAACUCCUGUAAAGGUUUUUUUUAAUUCUCAGCAGACCUGUUUUGUACCGAGUUAUUUUUGGGAUAAAUUUUUCUGGUUGCCUGUUGGGCCAAGGUGGCUUUUUCACCUUUGCCGUAAUAAAAUAGAACCAUGUCUAGA